UACGCAAUGGGUGGCGACGUGGAAAACAUGGUGGAAAGGAGUACGUAGAGUGAGGCUAGCAUUGUAAAUGACUUUAAUUUCAAAUACUUCCCUCUGAUGAACUAAACACAGCAAACAGACGGUAUAAAACUGCUUCCUUGCAGGGAAACACUUGGUUAUUAACGCAGCUGGAAGCCAACAGGAGCCAGAGAAACUGCGAGAAGCUUUUAUGACAGCAUUUGGUACAUGCCCAGUAAAUAAGGACUGAAGAUUGGCAGGUCUGGCUGAAAGAAGCCAGGAAAUAUGGGUGCAAACACCAGCCAGGUCACUGACCUGUCCGAUAACGCCAGCCUCAAGGCCCUGGUGGGCACAGAGUCCAUAUCUGAAAAUGACCCCUUCUGGAACCAGCUCAUCUCCUUCACCUUUAUCAGUCCUACGAACAGUGGAGACUCAAGGCUACUUGAAGAAGCUGUCAUCCCGCUGGCCAAGACUCUAAUUCAAAACAAUCCCAGAACGGGGAACUGCGGUGCUCUCGUGAGAGUUUUUCUGGGACGAACCAAAGAGCUGAAAAUUUCUACAGAAUGCCAGGAUCAGUUAUUCAUCUGGCAGGCGCAUAACGCACUGUUCAUGAUUCGCUGCCUGGUGAAGGUGUUCAUCAGAGAGAUGAGUGAGGAAGAGCUGCACCAACAGUUCUCCUACCAGGAGAGGGCGCCAGGCUCCUGUGGAGAAACUGGGAGCGAGGACCUCCUGGAGGAGCUGUUGUUGAACCUCGUUCACCUGAUUGUUGAAGUACCCUUGCUAGACAUCACCUACAGCAUCCUGUUUGAAGCAGUGACAACAUUAUUGAUAUUCUUCUCCUAUCAACUCUUCCACAAAGACAUCUUGCGGGAUGGAUUAAUAUACAAGCACAUCAUGAAGGGACGAUGUUUGGAGCUGACUAGUCGACUGGUGAAGACCCUGCUUUAUAACUUCAUCCGGCAGGAGAAAUGCCCGCCUCCUGCAGCCCACAUGUUUGAACCAAAAGCUGAAGGUGGCCUUCUUUAUGGGCUGGCGUCCGGGGUGGCAAGUGGUCUUUGGAGUGUCUUCACACUGGGUGGAGCUGGUAGUAGAGCUGGGAUAGACCAGGAAAACAAUCCUUUACCUUUAUCCAAUCAGAGCCUCCUGUUACUGCUGGUAUUAGCCAAUCUGACAGACGGGCCUGACUGGCCCAACCCCUUCCGCCAGGCUAUUACUUGUUUCAGAAACACACAAGACACAUCGCCGCUGCCUGUGGAGCUACCUCACACUUUCCAGAUCAAUUUUAACAGUCUGUACACCGCUCUGUGUGAGCAGCAGCGCUCAGACCAGGCCACUCUGCUGCUUUACACCCUGCUCCACCAGAACGCCAACAUGAGGACGUACAUCCUGUCAAGAACCGACAUGGACAAUCUGGUUUUGCCUAUCCUCGAGAUCCUUUACCACGUAGAGGACAGAAAUUCUCACCAUGUCUAUAUGGCCCUUAUUAUUCUCCUCAUUCUUACGGAAGACGAUGCCUUCAAUCGGUCCAUCCAUGAGGUGGUGUUAAAGAACAUUUCAUGGUACACAGAGAGGUCUCUAACAGAGAUCUCACUUGGAAGUUUGCUCAUCCUGGUUGUCAUCCGCACCAUCCAGUUCAACAUGACGCGGACGAGGGAUAAAUACCUACACACCAACUGUCUUGCUGCACUUGCCAACAUGUCUGCCCAGUUUCGAAGUCUCCAUCAGUAUGCCGCUCAACGUAUCAUCAGUUUAUUUGCUUUGCUUUCCAAAAAGCACAACAAGGUUCUGGAGCAGGCAACACAGUCUUUAAGAGGCAGACAAGGAGACAACACAGCCUUGCCAGACUAUGCCCAGGACCUGAAUGUGAUUGAAGAGGUGAUCCGCAUGAUGUUGGAGAUCAUCAACUCUUGCCUCUGCAACUCCCUGCACCACAAUCCCAACCUGGUGUACUCGCUGCUUUACAAGAGGGAGCUCUUCGAGCAGUUCAGGUCCCACCCAUCCUUCCAGGACAUUAUGCAGAACCUCGACACGGUGAUAGGAUUCUUCAGCCAGCGUCUGGAGCAGGCUGGAAGUGACCUGUCAGUAGAGAGGGUUCAGGAGGUCAUCAUGAAAGGAGCCCAGGCCCUGCCUAAAGACAGACUGAAGAAGUUUCCGGAGCUAAAGUUUAAGUACGUGGAGGAAGACCAGCCAGAGGACUUCUUCAUCCCCUAUGUUUGGUCGCUGGUCUUCAACUCGGGAGUUGGCCUCUACUGGAACCCGCAUGGCAUCGAGCUGUUCAGUAUGGACUCCGGCUGAACAAGAAAAAGAUUCAGUCUUCAUGUCCGUUCAGAACAGAUGAAAAGGACUGAUGGUGUCUGUGUGUGUGUGUUUUUGGUGUGUGUGUUACCGUUUGUAGUACAUGCACGCUGCUUUCAAAGUGCCUCGACCUUGUACAUGACAGAGUUCCCUUUUAUGCAGCACAACCUCGUAUUUAAUAACUGCUCUGCUUCGACGCUGUGAAGCCUCAUCAGCGCUGGUUAACGGUGCUCACAGUAGCUUCCAAAUGUUUCCCCAUAUCUUUCGGUAGUGAAUGCUUGUUUAACAGCACAUAUACAUUUUUAUUUGACCAAGAAAAUCAGAUCUCUGGCAACUGGCGAUGCCCUUUAUGCUUCCAAAAACAGGUAAUUGAGAAGAAAAAUAGACAGUACCUACAUGUUACACAUUUCCACUGUACAACUUUAGAUCCUUAAGUGUAUUGUAAUGUACUGAGAUUUAAAUAUUAAUGUCAUAAAUUUAGGUUUUACUUAGAUUCCUCAUGAGAACAGCAGCAAUUUAUAACUGGUUUGUUUGUGAUGUUCCUGUUAGGUUCAAAACAGUCAGAAAAACAUAAUUUAUUAUAAAGUUUUAGAUAAAAUAUGCAGUGUCCCUGGCUGUUUAAAAUCCCUCAUUCAUAUACAGUUUAAUUAGAGCUUAAUUUCAGUCCCUAGAUAAUAUUAGCCUCCUGCAUCACUGUGAUUCAUGUGAUUUCAUCGCUGCUUCCAGCCUGACUUCACUCAGUCUUUGUCAUUUGCAUCUUUCUGGAUAGUUACCCAAGGCAAGUACUUAAACUAGGACAAAAAGGACAUCUCUUGCCCUGUUGCUCAUAGCUACAACUGUCUCUUAAAUUUGUUACUUUAUCUGCAUGUUUAUCUGGAGACUUAAGUUAUUUAUUUUCAUGUAUAUUGUGUUUUAUAUGUUAAGAAGCAUAUUGAAGACGCCUGAAUAUAAAUGGUAGCAGUAGCAAAAUGAGAACUGCUAGUAAGACGAAAGGCAAUAGAAACAUGAUUUUGGGAAAUUUGCUUUUUUUAUUAUUGCAACAUCAGCUGUCAUUUUGUCAGUUUACUUUCAAUAAAUUUGUUAAAUCUA